AAUGACUGCAAAAAGAGUAAGAAAAAGAAGAAGUGGAAGUCUAAGAUGAGGUGCGUGAAACUUUUCACGGGAAAAAAUCGAAGGAGUUUUUCAGAGACUUGUUCAUGUGUCGUCGGUGGUUGGCGGAUGAGCAUUUGGAUGCACUGUUUCUUCUCAUUCGCUUCAACAUUAAGACAGCCAUGAUACCUACUGCUCAAAACUUCACAACUGUAGACACACUAUUCAUGCGACUAUUAGUUGCGAAGUGGCCUGAAUACCAAGAAUGUAUUAAAGAGAAUCGACCAUUUCACUGGAAGGAGGAGUAUCGGUUGGUUGACUAUGUUGUCGGAUCAAAACAAGACUGUCAAGAUCCUUGGGUGAAUGUUGAUUACAUUUACUCUCCAUUCAAUAUCCAUGGCAAUCAUUGGAUUCUAUUAUGCUUGGACUUGGUACGUUGUCAAGUUAAGGUAUGGGAUUCGCUUCCGUCGCUGACGAGUGCCGAAGAUAUGAGAAGCAUAUUAGAGCCAAUUCAAGAGAUGGUGCCAAAUUUGCUCGAUGCUACUGGAUUCUUUGUUAGGAGAGGCGGAUCAUCAACACACAAGGAACCUUGGCCACUUGUCAUUGUCGACUCCAUUCCACUUCAACGCAACAAUAGUGAUUGUGGUGUAUUUACAAUUAAGUAUUUCGAAUAUGAAGCUUCUGGUUUAGAUGUAGCUACAUUAUGUCAAGAAAACAUGUCAUAUUUUAGAAAACAAUUGGCAUUUCAAUUAUGGACCAACAAUCCCAUGUAUUGACUUUCAGUUUCAACUUUUGAAGGAAUUGUAUAUGUUCCAAACUAUGUACAUAAAUAGUUUUAUAUAAUGGAAUGAAGACCAUUUUUGUUUUUUGGUAUGCAA